AUGAAUAUCCCGUUUCAUCGACUAGCAUUUCUUAUUCUAAUCGCUGAUAUCGAUCGGUUCGCCGACGGAUUUGAUGUGCCGUGCUCGCAGAAGCUUAUUGGUAGCGAUUGUCUAUUUGAUGAGGAAUGCUAUGGAAUGAACACGGUGUGCCGUAACGGCCGAUGCACAUGUCCGACCAAUUUUGAAGAAUAUGAUAUCGAUGAGCGGACCACGAUAUGCAGAUUAGCUCCUGCAAAAAUUGGUGAUUCAUGCCAACGCGAUUGCAAGCCGCCAUUACUUUGCCGCGACGGAAAAUGCGAAUGCUGGGGCGGAAGCAUCGUUGAUGGAAAAUGCGUUGUCCCAUGUCCAGCUGGUCAGCAGCUGUACGGCGUUGAAUGCACUAGAGUUGCGCAUUACAUGCAGCCGUGCGAGAAAGAUAGCCAAUGUGUCGAUCCAUUCAACGCAUGCAUCGCCGGUACAUGCCAAUGUGCUCCUGGAACAACGCGUGACACCGCUAGGGGAUUCUGCUAUGCAGUAUGCCCGGAUGGUAUGCAUCCACGUCAAACAUGCCGCCGUCUGUUCAUCAACGAUAUUGAUAUGCUUGAAAACGCCGCCAACACAGAUAGCUGCCCGUUGGGAUACCGUUGUGUUACAUAUGGUAGCCCGUAUGUCGGACACUGCUGUCGGCUGCGUUGCCCAUAUGGGGAGCCGGAUUUGAGCCAGUCGUGCGACGCCGGCGCAUCACCCGACUCCAAAUGCCGUCCACUGACUCACUUCUGUUUUACUAUUAGCGAACCGGGAUGGAAAUCGUCGCUGUGCUGCCCGCGACCAUGUCGAGACCCGACGCCGCUUUAUGUUAAUGGACAAUGCCUCUCAAUUGCGCAUAGGGGAGACCCAUGUCAAAUCGACCAACAGUGUGAGGGGGGCAUCACAAUGUCAUGCAAUCUGGGAACCUGUCAAUGUAAAUUAGGCUACCAUGAGAAUAAUGAUGAUAGAUUCCCGACAUGCACAAAGGAUUGUUCCCUAGAGGAGGUUGCCAGUACCGAUAGAUGUCUGGCAAAAACCCAACUCGGCAACCGUUGCUUCUCUAAUAAGCAGUGCCCUAGUUUUGCUGAAUGCCGAUUCGGUGUAUGCCAAUGUUUAUGUGGAUAUAAAAAAGUCAAGGAUAAUCUUCUUGGCGUGCGCUGCACUAAUCCAGAUGAUCCGCUAAGUCUUUCAACAAUUCUAGACGGCGUCGGGCAGUUCUUCGGUAACCGACGUGGAAAUUAG